AUGUGGCUUGCUGUCAAUGAGCAAACACUUAAACAGUUCAGAUCCAUCAAGGAUGACACUCAAACAACUGCAGAUGAAGAUUUAAUGUCAGAAUGCAGCUCAGUUCAUCAUAAGAGAUCAGAAGCAGAGCCCAGCUGUGUGUCUAUGAAGAGUGACACAUCUAUAUGUCCACCAAUAGAAUUUAAGAGAGGAGAUACACAACAUGGUCUCAGGCUAUGUGGAUGUAAUCUCACUGCUCAGUCUUGUGGGAGUUUAUCAUCAGUUUUACAAUCCUCAAACUCUGUCCUGAAAGAGCUGGACCUGAGUAACAAUGACCUGGACCAUUCUGGAGUGAAACUUCUUACUGAUAGACUGAAAAGUCCAGACUGUCAGCUGGAGAUACUGAGGCUAUGUGGAUGUAAUCUCACUACUCAAUCCUGUGAAAGUUUGUCUUCAGCUUUACAAUCCUCCAGCUCAAGCAUACUGAGAGAGUUGGACCUGAGUAACAAUGACCUGCAGGAUUCUGGAGUGAAGCUUCUUUCUGAUGGACUGAAGAGUCCAAACUGUCAACUGGAGAUUCUGAGAUUGUCUGGCUGUAUGGUGACAGAGAAAGGCUGUCGUUAUGUGUUUUCAGCUCUGAGUUCAAACCCCUCGCACCUGAGAGAGCUGGAUCUGAGCUACAAUCACCCAGGAGAUUCAGGAGUCAAACUGCUCACUGAAAAACUGUUGGAUUCAACCUGCUCAUUGGACAAUCUGAAUGUGGAUCAUGGAGGAGAAUCCAGGAUUACAGCAGGACUGAAGAAAUAUGCCUGUUUUCUCACACUGGAUCCAAACACAGCAAACACUCAACUCAUUCUGUCUGAGGAGAACAGAAUGGUGACACGUGUGGAAGAGUAUCAGUCAUAUCCUGAUCAUCCUGACAGAUUUGAUGUGCAUCGUCAGGUGUUGUGUAGAGAGAGUGUGUGUGGACGCUGUUACUGGGAGAUUGAGUGGAGUGGAGAUUUUGGGGUGUGUAUAUCAAUGUCAUAUAAGAGCAUCAGGAGGAAGGGACAAGGAGAUGAGUGUGAGUUUGGAUCUAAUGAUCAGUCGUGGAGUUUGAUCUGCACUUUCUUAGGUUACUCAUUCAUACACAAUAACAUAGUGACUGUUCUCCCUGUGAAGCCCAUCAUCAGUAGAGUAGGAGUGUCUUAUAUCUAUAGAGUAGGAGUGUAUGUGGAUGUGAGUGCAGGAACUCUGUGCUUCUACAGCGUCUCUGACACAAUGAGUCUCAUCCACACAGUCCAGACCACAUUCACUCAGCCGCUCUAUCCUGGGCUUAGGGUUUGGUCUGGAUCACUGAAACUGUGUUGAUGAAUCAGAAUAGACUGAUAAGAGAUUUCUACCCAUAAUCCCAACUUAAAAACGUUAGGAGCACCAAAAAAAUUUUAGGAGCACCAAAUGAAUAUUAAGGAGCACCAGAACUGCCAAUUGAUGAGAACAGCCAGUACUCGGCCCAGCAUUUCUUUUUUAGUAAUGCAACGAUCUUGAUUCUUCAUGGCCUAUUCUGAUUGCUGAUGUUUUUACAAGCAAAUGGGCUGAUUCUGAAAGCCUUUUUCUAUAUAUUUAUUUUACACCUUAAGCAAGGGACAAGAAUGAAUGAAAAUAGGAGUACAUGAAUAAGAUGUUUAUUUUCUCUAGUACAUGUAGAGGCUUUUUUAUUCUCUGAAAAGAAUCGAGAAAGGAGAAAAGGUGACAGACAAAGAAAACACGGUAUGCAGGCACUGCCAGACUGUGGUGAAAUACAAGUCGGGGAAUACGACUAACAUGAGGAGUCAUUUGUUAAAUCAUCACCCCGAAAAGUUACGUGAAGAUACGAGGAGCAAAAUCCAGUCGGGCCAAAAGACUACAAAACAAGCGUUUACGGCCUCACUCCCCCACAACAGUGCGAGAGCACAAGAAAUCACAAGAUGCAUUGGUGAAUAUAUAGCCAAAGACCUACGGCCCUUUUCGGUGGUGGAUAAUGAAGGUUUUAAGAGGUUAGUAAACAUGCUGGAGCCAAAGUAUAAAAUCCCGUCGCGGCCACACUUUAGUCAAACUAUUUUACCAGUUCUUUACAAAGAGAAAAGGGCGAAAGUUGCACAGAGCCUCAAACAAGCAGAGUGCAUCUCAAUCACCACAGAUGGGUGGACUUCACGAGCUACUCAGAGCUAUGUUACCAUCACAGCACAUGCUAUGACAAGUGAAUGGGAGAUAAAAACUUUUGUCCUACAGACACGGGUACUCUUUGAGUCACACACUGGACACAACAUAGGCGAGGUGUUAAAAUCUGCUGUUUCAGAGUGGGAGCUUGACACGAUUUACAACAACAAUCACCAGGGCAUCGCUGUGGUUACUGACAACGCAAGAAACAUGGGUGUAGCGGUGAAAGAGGCUGGUCUGUCCCCACAUGUAAAGUGUUUUGCUCACACCUUAAAUCUGCGUCCCAGGCAGGUUUGAAGGUAAACCGUGUCAGUCGUCUGCUUGGCAGAGUGAGGCGUGUAGCAGCGUUUUUUCACUGCAGUUCAACUGCAACAGCUGUGCUGACCUCCAAGCAGCAAAUGUUAAACCUGCCAGUACAUAAACUGAUAAUGGAUGUAGUAACUAGGUGGAACAGCUCACUUGACAUGAUUGAGCGCUACCUGGAGCAACAACAGGCAAUUGCUGCAGCCGUACUGAGUUCUGAAGUCAGGCACAAUGCACGUGAAAUAGACAGUCUAGACGCAGCUGACAUCGCAGAUGCUGAGGACAUCGUUAAACUUCUCACACCCUUGAAAAAAGCAACCACUGUGCUGUGCGACAAAUCUCGACCAACAAUCUCUCUUAUCAUACCUCUCAAACACAUGAUUCAAGUGAGCAUGGCACCGUGCGAUGUAGACUCAAACACUGUCUCUCAAAUGAAGGCAGCAAUACUGAAUGAUUUGGCAGACUGUUACCAAGGGGAGCAAGCAGAGUUUCUGUAUGAGAGCAGUGCAUUGGACCCCCGGUUCCGGGCCCUCCCCCAUCUGAAUAACAGCGAAAGGGAUGAAAUUUUCAACAGGCUCAAGUUAAAAGCAACACAGAUGCAGAACCAGAACCCUAGUGAAGAGGAAGGUGCAGCACCAGGCAGCCAUGAACAUGUAGCUGGACACUCAAAAACUGACCUGCCACAAAAAGCACAUGCUGUGGGAGGUGUCUCUCCUCCAUCCAAAAAGACUGCUCUUGAAGAUCUCCUUGGGGAUUCUUUUAGUCAAGGGGACAGCAGAACACAGCACACUGCUCAGAUUGAUGCAGAAAUUGACUUGUACCGCAAAGAGACCUCUAUCUCACUCAUGGCUUGUCCUCUCGAGUGGUGGAAAGACAAUGCACAACGUUACCCACUGCUGUCAACCUUGGCCAAGUCAUAUCUCUCUGUCCCAGCAACCUCAGUCCCAAGUGAGAGGGUUUUUUCUGUUGCAGGGGACAUUGUAAAUGCCCAGAGAUCCCAGCUUUUACCAGAUAAUGUUGAUAUGCUAAUUUUCCUUAAAAAAAACCUGUCUCUGUCUGAAUAAGUGAGUGUGUGAGUGAAUGAGGUGAGUGUUCUCAAAUACUCGUUCAGCACAUGGGCCAGCUGCAAUAAGUAGGCUGCUAUUUUUAUUUUUUCUGAGUUUUCAAGAAUACUAAAUUGAAACUUUAUUUUUUUACAUGGUUUAAUAAUUUUUUGUUAUUAAAAUGGAAAAAUUGAAGAUUCUUUUUUCAAAGUUUAUAGAUAGAUUGCUAAUUUGUGUGCAAUUGAUAUGUUCAGUGCUCAUGUAAACUGUUUAAUAAACA